AUGCGGAGGCCUACGUGCAACCAGUUUGACAUCGUGAUGCACGUACUGAUUGUCAACCAGACCUCGGACACACUGCAGAACCUCACUCUGGAACUGGCGACACUCGGUGACCUGAAGCUAGUGGAGAAACCCCAGCCCCAGACAAUGGCCCCUCACGACUUCUGUAACAUCAAGGCCAAUGUGAAAGUCGCCUCUACUGAGAGUGGCAUCAUCUUUGGAAAUAUUGUAUAUGACGUGACAGGACCAGCCAGCGACCGCAACGUGGUGGUACUGAACGACAUCCACAUUGACAUCAUGGACUACAUCGUACCGAACACAUGUACGGACUCACAGUUCAGGCAGAUGUGGGCCGAGUUUGAGUGGGAGAACAAGGUGGCUGUGAACACAAACCUGUCCAGCCUCAAGGACUUACUUGGACACGUGAUCAAGUGUACCAAUAUGCGCUGCCUCACACCCGAGAAGGCUAACAAAUACUUUUAA